UUCUUCGUCUUCUUCCAAAUGGGUUCCAUUGAAGUCUCACUUGAAGUCCCUCCUUAUGCUCGAGUCCUUAAAGAUGGAACAAUUGAGAGACUCGCCGGGACCCAAGUUGUUCCGGCCGGGUUAGACCCUCAAACCGGAGUUGCAUCCAAAGACAUCGUGCUUUUCCCACAAACCGGUGUGUCAGCUAGACUUUACCGGCCCAACAUCACUGACACCAAUGAAAAGCUUCCUUUGAUCGUUUACUAUCAUGGUGGAGCUUUCUGUAUAGCUUCAGCUGCUGAGCCACUCUACCACAACUGCCUCAACAUGCUUGUUGCUGAGGCCAGUGCCAUUGCUGUUUCUGUCAAUUACAGAUUAGCCCCUGAGCACCCACUGCCGAUUGCCUACGAGGAUUCCUGGGCUGCGCUUCAGUGGGUUUUUGGUGGUGAAGACAUUGACGAUUGGAUGAAGGACCAUGUUGAUUUUGAAAGAGUAUUCUUGGUGGGAGACAGUGCUGGGGCUAAUAUUGCACACCACUUGGCCUUGCGGGUCAAGAAGUCCGACCCGGAUCCGAAACUGAAGAUUGCUGGGAUUGGGAUGAUCCAUCCUUAUUUCUGGGGGAAGGAUCCGAUUGGCCGGGAGGUGGGGGAUUCAUUCAGGAAGUCAAUGGUGGACACAUGGUGGAGCUUCGUCAGCCCGUCGGAGAAAGAGGGUGAUGACCCGCUGAUUAACCCGUUUGUUGACGGAGCCCCGAGUCUGGAGGGGUUGGCUUGUGGUAAGGUUCUUGUUCUUGUUGCAGGAAAUGACAUAUUGAGGGACAGAGGGAGGCUUUACUAUGAUGAAUUGGUGAAGAGAAACUGGGCAGGAAGCAAAGAGUUUAUUGAAACAGAAGGGGAGGAUCAUGUUUUCCAUAUCUUCAAUCCCAGUUGUGAAAAGGCCAAGACUUUGAUCAAGGAUUUGGGGUCUUUCAUAAAUCAAAAAUAGUGCAAGUUCAAUAGUAGA